UUGUUCACACUGGUGGGUGUGUUUUACACCAAAUUAUGUUGGAAUGGUUCUCUCACUUGGCUCAGUGCUGAUACCACUGUGGAAAAAGACAUGGGCAACACUCUGGACCAGCCCCCAGAACAAGCCUUCUGCGACCUGGACACACAUCUUUUACCUGUGGUCCAGCUCUACUUGAUGCCCUCCUUCUUCCUGACCGUGCUCGUCCUCGGGCUUCCCCUCAACCUGCUCUCCCUGUGGGUUUUCUGUCACCGCCUGCCUCGAUGGAGCCGCAGCACGGUGCUCCUCUUAAACCUGACCCUGGCUGACACCUCCUGGCUGCUGGCCUUGCCCCUCCUCAUCUACUACCACCUGGACCACCUGUACUGGAAGCUGGGGCUCCCGCUCUGCGCGGCCGUGAGGGUGCUCUAUCACAACUACUUCUACCUGAGCAUCUUCUUCGUCAGUUGCAUCAGCUUGGACCGAUACCUGGCCAUCGUGCACCCGCUGCGCUCCCUGGUGUUGCUGGGCCGGAGGCAGACCUGCCUGCUGUGUGUGGCGGUCUGGAUCUCCACCCUGGUCCUCAGCAUACCUGUUGCCACAAUGACUCGGAUACAGACGUGCCCCAUGAGCAACCGCACCGUGUGUAUUCUGUACAUGUUUCUCAGUGAGACCGAGAAGGGCCUCCCGUACUCCCUCGUAUGCUCCAUUAUCGGCUUUCUCUUCCCGCUGCUCUCCAUCUGCUACUGCGGCCUGCACAGCCUCAGAGAGCUGCGCCGCCGACCAUGCCUCCCCGAUCCCUUCCACAAGCGCUUCCGACUCCGGAGGCUGCUGAGCGCGGUGCUGAUCUUGUUCGUAGUGUUUUACCUGCCCUACCACCUGAGCCGCAACGCGGCCAUCGUGAUGCGGACCGUGUACCCGGACCGCCCCGACUCCUGGAGGCCUGCAGACUGCGCCUUCGCCAUGGAGAUGUGCUUCUGCAGCCUCAUCACUUGCGUCAACCCGGUGUUAAGCUGCUUCAUGGGCCGCCAGUUCAGGAAUGAGUUUUUGGGUACUUGUGCGCUCAUGUUUCCCCGGUGUCCAGACACGCGGGUGGCCUCGCUGGUAUCCAAAAGGACCCGGAUGACGGUGAGGAAAAGGCAGGGGCUGUCCACCGUCACACCUGUGUCUGCGCUGCCUGCACCUAGACCCUAAUGAUCUGCAGAAAUGUAAAUUGACCAUGUACUUUAACUGUGUCAGCCAUCAUGCAACUAUAUAGAAAACAUCUAUUCUUUGUUUAAUCAUCCUGUUUCCUUAAUUAUGAAGAAUCUAAUAAAUCCA